AUGGAUACCACAAUACCCACCCUAAUCGCGCAAUACAACCAACAAGUUCCCGCGCCCAAACUCCCCCUCCCCGACGGCAAAACCCUCCUCCAACCCACAACCCAAUCCACCAUCUACGAGCGCAUGUUCAACGAAGAUAAUCCGCAGGCAUGGCCGUUACCGCCGGUGGGGUACCGGAUGAGCGUGUUGAAGAUGAUUCUGGGGAGGUUGGAAGAUGCGAUUAGGGAUCCGGAGGAGGAUGAAAUCAUGGACGAGCUGGUAGAAACCUGGGGUGAUCUGAUUACACUUCCGAAGCCCUCGCAGAUCCAGCAGGCACAGCAAUUGGGUUAUAUCAAAUACACUGCCCCAUCGCCUCCCUCUCAGUCACCAUCUGCAAGCGAAUGCGAACCCCGAACAGUCGUAACGUCCGAAUCGCGCGGCUUAAUCCUUUCCUCCGGCACAACGGGUUUCCGUACUUGGGAAGCUGCCCUGCACCUAGGCACAUACCUCUCCUCACCAUCCAUCGCAGACACGCUUAUCAAAGGAAAACAGGUCCUGGAGUUAGGUGCGGGGACGGGUUUUGUAUCACUUUUCUGCGCGAAAUAUCUGGGUCCGAAGAGGGUUGUUGCGACGGAUCGCGAACAGGCGCUUAUUGAGAGUAUACGGGAUUGUGUGGGCAGGAAUGGGAUUGGGGAGGAGGUGUUAGUUCCGGGGAUUUGGGAGUGGGGGAAUGAGAUGGCGGUUGACGGUGGGGAGGACGGGUUUGAUGUUGCGUUUGGGGCGGAUUUGAUAUACGAUGAAGAUCUCAUUCCGCUCCUUCAAUCAACCCUAACUACGCUCUUUGAGGGAUACAAUCUCCAGCAAUUCAUUAUCUCCGCUACGCUGAGGAAUGAAGAGACGUUUCAGGCGUUUCUGGAUGCUUGCCAAAUGAACAACUUCAAAGUGGAACGGAUACCCUUCGAAUCACCACCAGAGGACAAACAAACAGGAUUCUUCCAUUCAACCUCGAUCCCAAUAAAAAUGUUUAGUAUCCGCCGGUAG